UAUAACUAAAGGACGACAGCCAGUACCCUAUUUCUCUCUUCAUCAUAUCCUUCAGUUCCAAUGGCUUCUAAGGUUUCAGAUAAGAAACAUAAUUCUCUGAUAAAAUAGUAGAGAACUUCUAACUUUUGCUCUCACUCCUUUGCAAUUCCCAAUCAUGGUGGCAAUUUUAUCCAAUCCGACAACUUCACUUUGUUUAUCGUUCCCUUCUAUCUGUUCAACCUCAUCAACCUGCAACUCGCACGCCAACUUCUUGAUUGGUUCAACUUCUUUGAAGAAACUCUUUUUUAGGUCUCAGAGCAAAGGAAGUAAAGGGUUUCGCGCUGUUUCGGUUCCGAGACAUGUAAUUAGCUGUGGUCUUACGGAGAUUAAUGAGACACAGUUCUCAGACGUGGUUCUGACCUCUGAUGUUCCUGUUCUGGUCGAAUUCGUGGCUGAUUGGUGUGGACCCUGUCGGUUAAUGUCCCCGGCGAUUGAGUGGGUUUCACAGGAAUACAAAGACAAAUUAAAGGUUGUAAAGAUGAACCAUGACUUGAAUCCUCGACUGAUUGAAGAGUACAAAGUUUAUGGAUUGCCGACUCUGAUUCUAUUUAAGAAUGGACUGGAAGUCCCGGAGAGCCGGUGGGAAGGUGCAAUGACAAAGGUGAAGAUAAAGGAGUACAUUGAUGCUCUUCUGGAGUCUGUAUCAGUCACAUAAUUGUCUGUCCUACCUUUACUAUAAAGAAAUAUGAUCCCAAACUUCCAUUUGUUUGUUGUGAGAUAUUGACCAGAAAAGGUGGAAUGGGAUAGAUAUGAGCAUUAAAGAACAAACUCUUAGCUCGCCUGGAAUUGUCAUAAAACUACUUUCAGUCAUUCACAGCUGGUGGGUGUAACUGGUGUAUAGGCAUUGAAUCAUGUACCAAAGAUGUGUUUUGUGCUA